AUGUACAAAGAGGUGGUUUCUGCCUUUGGCUGUUGGGAGGAGCUUCCAGAGUUUCUGGUGGCGCAGGCUGGUCGCCGAGGCUUUUGGGGUCUGUUGCGAGUCUCUCUCGAGACCCUUCUUCACUCAUCUUCGCGGACGGACGCUACAGCCGAUCGAUUCUCGGAUCAGGCUCGCGACAACGUCAGGGUGACUUGGCGAACCAAAAGAGGCUUCCGACACGUCGUGCGGGCGGAAGGAGACGAACUAAGAACUGUGCUCUGA